AAGAACAGAGAAGAAGAAGAAGAAGAACAGAGAAGAAGAAGAAGAAGAAGGAGAAGAAGGAGAAGGAAAGAAUAGCGGUUUUCAAGGCUUUUAAAUUUGUUCGCAACGUGCCAACUCUACAAAACACCUUCGUGAUAUACGCGAGUGCCAAGAACCACUACUUUCGAGUACAUAAUAUACACGUGUAUAACACAUAUACAUAUAUAUAUUAUAUAUAACAUAGUCGAGAUCUUUCGUUAGAAAAGAAAGUUUAACGGAAGGAGAAUAAGGAAGAAGGGAGAAAAAAAGAAAAAUAAGAAGAGGUCAAAAUACGAUUGGCAAUAAUUUUCGUUUACCAAAUCCGAGUUUAACUCGAUUUAUUACUCCUCCCUCCCUCCUUUCAUUCCUCCCUCUUCUAUUCUAUAUAUCUUCUUUGAUUUAUUGUGAAUUAUUGUUGUUAUGAGAAUCGUGGAUUAUAAUGGAAAAGAAAAGUACCGAAGCAAGACCGAAGAUCGAAAUCGUACGUGUCUCAUCCAUUGAACGGCGAAACUUUCGUCCCUUGGAUGGGGUGCAACUUCGUGCUGCCUAUAGUCACGUCAGAGUUGGAAUUUAUUGUCCGGAACCGGAAACGAAACCAGUCGUCGUUUGCGAUAGCAAACCGCCCAUCGAAUACACGAGAAAAUUUAAAAAAAAUUUGGGACCAGUAUCGAGACUGCUGAGACGUCGUCAUCACGCGACGUAUCUUGCAACAAAAUCCUGUGAUAACAUUUAUAGCGUGAAUAGAAAUAGUAAUUCAUUAGAUUGGAGAUUAGGACAGAGUGCGAACGAACAAGGAUUGCAAUCUAGACAAAGCGGUAGCUUAGACUGGAGAGUUGGAAGAUCUGUCACUUUCAGUUCCAACAAGCUUCAUUGGCGAGAUGCCACUCGUAGUGCAGAACAACUUUCUGCCAAUACUCCGAUCGGUUCUGAUCAUAUUCAAACACCAAGUACCAAAUCAAAACUCGUAUCGUUACUUAGGCGACUCUCACCUCGUCUUUCACGACCCGGAAGCAAAGGAUCCUUGCAGUCGUCGCCGACUAUAUGUCCAUGGGUCCAAGUUGAAUAUUCUACGGAAUCGAUCGAUGCCUCCAAACGAGAAGAGUCCCAAGAGAGUGACUUGACCUUUCAACAGGAAUUACAGUUGAACGAGUUGAGAAAACGAAUGGCUGGAAUCGCUUCAACUUCUCAGGUUAUUACAAAAUCUACGAACGAUAACGAAGAUCAAAUAGUGCCACAUCCUCCGACCUUCGAAGUACAGGAAUCCAACAACAUCCAUCGUAACGACUACAUCCAUACAGCCGUGCACGAGGAUCGUUGCGGGGAAGAAGAGGAGGAGGAGGAGGAGGAGAAGAAGAAGAAGAAGAAGAAGAAGAAGAAGAAGAAACCACCAGCAUCAUCAUUGUCAACAUCGUCGAGGGAUCGUCAUCGAACAGCAGGGGUCGAUCGGGAAUCGAGUCGACGUGGGGUGGUGGUGGUGGGUGAUGGUGGUGGUGGUGGUGGAGGCAUCGAAGGAGAAGAAGGAGGAGGUGGAAUACAAACAUCAGGAACACCAGGAAUAAGAACACCAACCGGGGUAGUACCAGGCCUGGAAGAGGAAUUUUUUGGAAAUUCGAGCGUCGCGACGUCUCAGGUACAACUCGGGACUGGGUUGAGUUCAGUUCCUCGACGUACAACAAGACCCUUUUCUUUGGCCGUACAACCUAUCAACUAUCAUCGUCUUGAUCCGGACGAACUCGAUCAUCAUCAACAACAACAACAUACUCCUGAUCAUCAUCAUCAACAUCAUAAUCUUCGACCCAACAUGACCAGUCAGGACAGCAUCGGAAGUUGCAGCUUGGACGUCGAUCGUUCCGUCUCCGACCGAUCAGAAAAUACCGUAGAUUCCGUAUCCGAGAGAACGCUGCACAGCCUGAACUUUUCGUGUAACGGUGAACAACAAAAGGCGGAAAAUUUGGUGAACGGUAGCAGCGAGACGCUGCAAAAGUCACAUCUCACUCCUACCGAUGAUAAGGUGAUCGUCAGCAAUGGUCAUCGUAGCAGUCCCGAGCAACAAGAACAGCUGACAGCGAAAAAACCGAGUUACUUGGGAUUGGCUUGCAGUAUAAGCGGUUACUCAGGCAUCACCAGGUACGAUAGUAAAUUGAGAGAAGGUUUCCGAUCGAGAGAUAGCAGUCCUGGAACAAGACUGAUUACUAGGGAUACUAGUCCUGCAGAUUUCAAAUCAAACGAGAAUUUAAGUGUUCCAAUACAUCAUUAUCCGCCUAAGAGUCAAUCAAUUUCGCCGCUCGCAAUGGAUCGACAAAAUGGUUUUUCUAACGGCAUGAAGGAAGAGUGUAAGAUAGAAACUUAUAGAGAAACAAGAAGCUCGAUGAGUAUAUGUCAGGGUUUCUCUGAGGUCGAUAAAGGGGUAUCCUUACAUACAACGUUUCCGGACGUCAGUCCCAUUAGGGUAAAUUCUUCUUCGAGAAAAAGUCCUGGGAUCGUUCAAAUAAUGUCUUGUGGUCAACAAAUCAAAUCCUUUUCACCGAAUUUUGCUGAAUCUUCACCUAAACCUUCUAUGAUAAAUAUUUCUAAUACAUCGUUUAGCGAAACAAGUAUAUUAAACGGUUCAAAUAUCGAUAUAGAAAAUCAAACUACGAAUACCUCAUCUAGCAGCGAAAAAUCUUUCAUCCAACAACGGGUUGAACGGCUGUAUGGUCCGGGUGCUCUGGCACAGGGUUUCUUUUUUAAACGCAGCGUUACUAAACUAAACGUUACCGACAAUAGUUUCAACAAAUAUAGUAAUAAUAGCGACACUUCGACAGACAACGUUAAUACGGAAGAAUCAUUGAAAAAUUUACCAGUUCUUAGACAUCUUCGACCUGAAUUCCGUGCUCAACUUCCUGUUGUCAGUUCCAGAAAACCAACAGAUGGUUCAGAACAAAUAAUAAAACCAUUGCGAAGGAUAUCGUCAGCUUCGCAUAAAACCGAGCAACAAUCUAAAACAUGUAAAACCGCACACGUACCAGAAAGUGUCACGGAAUCGGGAACUCAACACAACAACAGCAUAGCGAGUAUACCGGAUCAACAACCCGCAGCACCUAAGGUAGUGUUACCUGUUCUAGAACCUAGUGCUAGUUCCGGUAACGUUGCUAAACAAAUGCAGGAGAUAGAGAAAACGACUGAAGAAAAAGAUGGACAUUAUUUUUUGAAACUGUUGAAACAAGAAACGGACAGACUUUUGUCAUUAGCUGCGUCAGCGGAAGCAGAGUUGGCCAGUGGCGAUCCCGUUGCAUUACCCGAGGAAGCAGCUGGUAAAUUGAGAUCUGCUGCUGGCAAAGCGAGAUUACUCGCUUCACAAAAAAUGCAACAGUUCGAAGGCUUAUGUCAAAAAAAUAUUAAUCAAGUGCCAGGCGAAGAAUUUCCAACAACGAACGAAGACUUGGCCGGAUUUUGGGAUAUGGUGAUGCUACAAGUAGUUCAAGUAAACGAACUCUUCGAGCAAAUUGAAAAAUCGAAAAAAUCGCAGUGGCAAGAGAUUGUGCCGGAGAAAAAAAGUAAUGCAUCACUUUCGCAGAAUGGUAAUACUGCCAAACGUCGUAUAACACCUGUUCAUAAAACAAAGCCUACUGCGAACAGCGAAGCCAAUAAAAAGGCACGAGAAGCAAGGGAGCAAGCGAGACGACAAUUAAUUGAAGAAAAACGUCGAGCAAUGCGUUCUAAUAUGCAAAAUCAAGAUAAUACGGUGAAAAUAUUUGCUCCAGAAACGUAACAGCUAACGUAAUUCUCUUCAUUGCAAAUGGAUUCUUUUUCUUUUCAUUAUCUUUUUCUAAUCUUUUUUUUUUUCAAUUCUUUUUUUUCUUUCUUUUUUUCUUUUUCCGUUUUAUUUUUAUGUACGAAUAUUAUUCUCGAAUUAUAACUCCCCUCAUUGGCACUAGGAAUGACAACUUUAAACGUAGGCUACAUUCCUGUACGAUAUUAACGAUUCACGCUGUAGUUUAUUACUAUUUUUAUGCACAAUGCAUAGGUGAAGAAAGAUUUUGCAAUAUAGCAAAGAAUUUAAAAACAACGUUUACGAUUUCACUUUCCUCGAGAAAUAAUAAUAAUAAUAUAAUAU